CUUAUUCUCCAGUCGUCCACAGAGUUGUAGGAGUUGUGAUCUUAACAUGGCUGAUACAGAAAACCAAGUUCUAAGCUUGGCUGAGAAAAUCAUUGCAGCUAUACCUGAUCGUAUUAAAGCAUCUUCUGGGGAACUUUCAGACUUGAUGAAUGUUAAAAAUAAAGCAAAUCUGCAACCAGCGGAUGGAAGAAUCUCUAACAACAUUUCAACUCAAGAUAAACCUUCACUGGAACUAUGCUCAGUCAAGGAACCCCAACCUCCACUGAUGAGUGAAGAGUUCAGUUUUGAAUUUAGUGACCAUAAUUACAGGUACCAUGAAGUUGGUACACCAAAUUCUUCCUCAAGUACCACCUCUUCGUGUCUUCAGAGUCCAGUAAGUUUCACACUGGAGUCAAACUCCCUACCACCCACCACUGCAGACUUCUGUGAAUUUUUCCAAGCCUCUGGAAAAAUUAUGGAAAGAGACUUCUCUAAUUUAACACUUUCGGACCGUGAACAAAGAGAACUUUACGAAGCAGCAAAGAUCAUCCAGAAGGCUUAUCGUUCAUACAAAGGUCGUAAACGUCAGGAGGAACAAGAAAAAGAAAAGGCAGCAGCAAUCCUUAUUCAGAGCUAUUAUCGUAGGUACAAACAGUACCUGUACUACAAGGAAACAACUAGAGCAGUUCAGGUAAUACAGAAUCAAUACCGUAACUACUGUGAACUGAAGAAGUUAAAAAAAAGCCAGGGACUCUCGACAAGUUCUAAUGCAGGCACUGGUGGCCGCCAAAGUCCAAGCCCCAGUUUUCUGUCUCUUUACAAAACUAAUGGAAAUGGAAACAACAGAUUGUCUAGUUCUAAUUGUGAAGGAACUCCAACAUCAGACUUUAAUACUAGACGCACCUACUCCCAGAGAAGCCAAAACCAAGCUGCAAAAAAAAUCCAGCAAUUCAUGAGACAUUCUAAAAACAACGUAUGGGACUUGUUACACGGGAGAGUGAUUGCAGGGAGAACAUGCAUUAGCUGCAGAAAAAGAGAAGCUUCAGGGGGAAGCAAUGAGCCAGCAGCUACAGUUCCCAAGAUCUCGGGAACUGCUUUCUAAUUCCAGCAGUAAGGAGUUAAAAAAGGAAAAGUGAAAGUGAAUGCAUGGAAAGUGAGUCUGCUACGUAACAGAACAAAAUGAUGAUCUAACUUAACCUUGUAUUGGAGUAACUACUUAAUAAAGCUGAGAAAACAACACGUACAUGAUGAAUAAUCUCUGACUACUGAGGUUAAAAAUAUAGUACCUUUUCCAUAUCUGUAAAACCUCCUUCAUUUCCAUUAACUCGACUUAGUGGAAUUUUCCAUUUGCUCAUAUUUUCUCAGUACUCCAAGUCUCUAAACAGUUAUUUUAUUGAUGUUUCAUCGAGUCGCCCUUAAGUCACUUGUCGUGGUAAUAUUACUUCUGCAUGUUUUAGGCUUCAAAUAUAACCAUUUGUCUAAAGGGUGACUAGUAUUUUUUUUUUUUUUGCUUCUCCCCAUUUCUAGCUUUUCUUUUUAUGUUUUAUACAGAUUUGUUUGUA